AUGAGUAGUCCGUUAUUGGAGCCAAGGGUGGCCGUCGUCGGCGCCACUACCUGGGGGACGGCGCUGGCCAUCAUCCUGGCAAGGAAAGGUUUGCCGGUCAGCUUGCUGGCGAGAACGGACCCGGAGGCUCAGAGACUCCAGGCUGACAGGCGUAACGCCCGCUUUUUGCCAAGCACUCCUUUCCCCGAAUCUCUGACCGUGGCCGCCGACCCGGGUGAGGCGCUGCCGUCUGCCGACUUGGUGAUAAUCGCUGCCCCAUCUCACAGUGUGCGCGACAACAUAAGAUCGGUGCGGGAAAGCUUGACGCCCGGCGUUGUGAUCGUCAGUGCGGGCCAAAGGUUUGGAAUUGCCCGGUGGCAAGCGGAUGAGCCAGGUUAUGGAGGAGACGGGAUUUGCGCCAUGUCGGGGCCAAAUUUCGCCGACGAGAUCGUUCAAGGGAAGUUCGCUUCCACCGUCGUUGCCGGCCGAGACAGCCAACUGGUAAACCGGGCCCAGGAAAUCCUUAUGACGGGGGCAUUCCGUGUCUACACCAGUGACGAUCUGACGGGGGUAGAACUUGGGGGUGCUCUAAAAAAUAUCAUCGCUUUGGGCGCGGGCAUCGCCGACGGCCUGGAAAUGGGCGACAACGGCAAGGCCGCGUUCAUUACCAGAGGCUUGGCCGAAAUCGCUCGUCUUGGAGUUGCUGCCGGGGCCCAAGCGUUGACGUUCGCGGGCUUGGCCGGACUGGGAGACGUGAUAGCGACCUGCGCCAGCCGGUUGAGCCGCAACCGUUACGUUGGGGAGCAGCUUACCAUGGGCCGUUCCUGGCCGGAAAUCCGAGAAGCGAUGAACAAUGUUGCCGAAGGAGUGAACACCACCGAUGCGGCUUUGGCCAUGGCACGCGAGUUGGGCGUGGAGAUGCCCAUCACCGAAGCGACGUACCGGGUGUUGUUCGAGGACCUGUCGCCCCACGAUGCCGUCAACCAGCUGAUGGAACGCCCGCCUCGCUCCGAGUGGUGA